CAGGGGGACUUCAUGAGAACCAGCCACUGCAUCAGGCCCUACGAAAACAGAUGAGGAAGAAGACAGAAGCCCAAGAUGUUCUUUUCCUUCAAAGUAGGAACACCCUGGCCUCAGACAGACCCAGCUGGAAGGGCUCUAAGAGGCUGAAAGACUAGGCAGGACCAGUACAAGGCUGGGGGAAAGGGAGGGCCCAGCCCUGCACCAGUGGGCGUGGCUCCACCCUUCCCACCUCAGAGCCAUGGGGAGCCGGGGUCCCGGUGGGUGGCCCCUGGUGCAAGCCCCCUACACGGUUCUGUUGCUGCCACUGGAGACAAGCCGCCAAGACCCAGGGGCCCGGAGCUUCUUCCUCUGGCUGCAGAGGAUGCAGGCACUGGAGCGCGAGCAGGACGCCCUUUGGCAGGGGCUGGAGCUGCUGGAGCAUAGCCAGGCCUGGUAUCAGGGCCGUCUGAGGGAGGCUCAGCAACAGCAGCUGCACGUGGGGGCCCUUGGUGAGAAUUUUCUAACGGAUUUAUACUCAGAGCCCCGUGGCCCCCAGUUAGCCCAGAUUCAGAGAGUGAACAUCUGCUUGCAGAAUCUGCUUCAGGGGAAGUUCUUCCCACAUUCCCCAAACAAAGCUAGUUCCUGCACCACCCAGGACUGGAAGGGAAGGCCAAGGAAACAGGACAUGUGGCGGCAACAGGAGAUGUCAAGGCAGCAGAAAGGAGGCAUUCAGCCAACAGGGGAGACGGCUCAGCCAGGCUGCCCCCAUGGACGGAGGGGCCCUACCCGUGUCUAAAGGCCCCUGUGGUCCCCUCAGUCAUGCUGACAAGACUGAGAGAACCCCUAGCCGCCUUAUUCUGACUCAACAACUAAAUGGCUCUGGGUGGCAGGUCAACUGAAAUCCAAAUAUACUGGUGUAAAGUCUC